UCCUGAAAGAUCAAGCUCAAGGUGCUGCCACAAGAUUGAUUUGUGGAUUUGAUUACAGUUCCAUCCCUCAAAAGGCAUGAAUAAAGCGGCUCUCCUUUUUGUUCUUGUUAUCAUUCCCACCAUUGCAUUUCGCACACAACGUGACACAAAGGCUGGCACAUUGAUUGAGGAGACAGGAUUUGAUGUACCAGGGCCUCAGCGAGCCAGCCAGGAGAGACUUCUGGGCAGGGUUCAACCUGGAAUGUCUCUGAUGUUGGACUCAAGGCAAACCUUCCCAAGCUUCCCUUCCCACCAAUGUGCCAGAAGCCUACGGAGAUCAAGCAUGCUUUCAAGUAUGUCAAUACUGUGGUGUCCUGUCUAAUAUUUGUCAUGGGGAUUAUAGGGAAUUCAACGCUUUUGAGGAUCAUCUACAAAAACAAAAGCAUGCGCAAUGGACCCAAUGUGCUCAUUGCCAGCUUGGCCCUGGGAGACCUGCUGUACAUUCUCAUUGCAAUUCCCAUCAACAUCUUCAAGCUCUUGGCUGAGGAUUGGCCAUUUGGAGUUUAUAUGUGCAAGCUGAUCCCAUUCAUCCAAAAAGCAUCAGUUGGAAUCACUGUUCUCAGUCUUUGUGCUCUCAGUAUCGACAGAUACAGAGCUGUAGUGUCAUGGAGUCGGGUCCGAGGAAUGGGAAUUCCUUUGUGGAAAGCUGCAGAGGUGACUCUGAUUUGGGCUGCGGCCAUUGUGUUGGCUGUGCCUGAAGCCAUUGCAUUCGACAUAAUGGAGAUGAACUACCAAGGUGCUAAGUUGCGAGUCUGCCUUCUGCAUCCUGAUCAGCAGUCAAGUUUUAUGAUGCUCUACCGCAAUGUGAAGGACUGGUGGCUUUUUGGAUUCUACUUCUGUUUGCCACUGGCCUGCACUGGUGUCUUCUACACUCUCAUGUCUUGUGAGAUGCUGAGGCAUAGAAAUGGGAUGCAAAUUGCUCUUAAUGAUCACAUGAAACAGCGACGAGAGGUGGCAAAAACUGUUUUUUGCUUGGUGGUGAUCUUUGCCCUCUGUUGGCUCCCAUUACACCUCAGCCGAUUAUUGAAAAAAAACAUCUAUGAUGAAACGGACCCCAAUCGCUGUGAACUGUUAAGUUUUCUGCUGGUGAUGGACUACACCGGGAUAAACAUGGCUUCACUGAACUCUUGCAUCAAUCCCGUGGCACUGUACUUUGUCAGCCAAAAAUUUAAAAACUGUUUUCAGUCAUGUCUGUGCUGUUGGUGUCAGAGCCGACCCAGGAAUGUUAUACCGACAGAUGAGAAGUGCUCUGGAGGUCAGUGGAAAAGUCAAGCCCCAGAAAACGCACUGGUCAGGAGCAGCUCACGUUCCAGCCACAAGUACAGCACUUCUUAACUACGAUAAAACACUACUGCUUGAGAAACAGAGGAUUCAAUGGAUCCAUUCUGCAAGUGAGGACACGAUGCUGGUUCAGGACAAGCAUGUAAUAGCUUGCUUCAUGUCAAAUAAAGCACUUCAGCUUUCAGACAGUUAAGCUGCACUGAGGUGUAUGGCACAAAAAGACACGUUCAGUAACCUGGAGAUAAAACUACAAUAACCAAAACUUGACAAAGGACUCAGCAGAUGAAUACACAUGGAAACGGAUCAGAAGGCGGACAUUUCAACAGGACUAGAAUUCAUAACUUGUGCUGCUUUGUAGAUAGGACAAAGAUGCAUAUUGUUUAAAACUUCAUUACUGAAUGUAUCCCAUUAACACUAGAAUUACCAGAGCCUACGAAAAAACUCGUAGAUCCGUCCCACCUUAAAUCGCUUCGCACUUCUCCGUCAGUGUCUUUUAUCCUGUAAAUGUGUGGAUAAGCAGCAAGCAGCCUGCUAUCCCCAACCCCACACAGUUUUCUCAGCUCAAGUCUGUUUACCUGCGUGUCAGUUGCUUAGAGUUGUAUAGAAUGAGAAGUCAAACAAAAUGACACCUUUUAUAAAUACUAUAUUGUUAUUUGGAAUACAUGCAUUUUAUGUGUGUUCCGUGUCUACAACGAUCUAUGUAAACACAUCGUUAAAACAAACAUUUUUCAUGUUUUAGUAAUAACUGACAAAAUGUAGACAUGAAGUGUAUAAUUUGUGAAGCCUGAAUUCGAAAUAUCAAAAAAAAACAAAGCUAACCUUUACAAGUUUCAUAAAUUACACCGGCUGUUACAGACUGGAAUCAAAUGUAUGUUUUUAUUCUAAAAUAGUAAGAAUACGAGCAGCUCACUUCUCAAAAUGGAUUUGUCCGGGAUCAAACCCAUGAAGUUUUGAUUACCAGUCAACAGUUGAUACCGUUGCGCCACCGAAGCAGUCGUAGCAAAUGCAUGUCAAUGUCACACCUAACGUGGGUUCUUUAUCUGCAGUUAUAUUUUUGAAUAAAAAUGCACUUGUUCUGUUAUAUUUGUACCUUUUAUGAAAGUGUUUCUUUGAUAUUUGGAAUUCAGGCUUCACACAUUACACACUUUAGAUCUAUAUUUUGUCAAUUAUUACUAAAACAUGAAAAAUGUUUCUGUUUUAACAAUGUGUUUACAUAGAUCGUUGUAGACACGGAACACACAUGAAAUGCAAGUGUUCCAAAUAAUAUAGUAUUUAUAUAAGGUGUCAUUUUGUUUGACUUCUCACUCUAUACAACUCUAAGCAACUGACAUGCAGGUAAACAGGCUUGAGCUGAGAAAACUGUGCAGGGUGAGGGAUGUGAUAGCAGGCUGCUUGCUGCUUAUCCACACAUUUACAGGACAAAAGACGCUGAUGGAGAAGUGCGAAACGAUUUAAGGUGGGACGGAUCUACGAGUUUUUUCGUAGGCUCUGGUAAUUCUAGUGUUAAAGAGUAUUGGUAUUUUUUCAUUUAAUCCAUUCUGCUAAUGCUCUCCCCUAAUCCCAAUCACUAGCAUAUUCAGCAAAGUGUGCACAUUAUGGUGUGAUAAAGUACCAUUUGGUAGGAAAACAGUGCCCAGGUUUUAAGAUUCCUGGCACAGAAACAUCAACACACUCCUUGAAUGGCUGCAUGCUACCUAAUCUGUAUGGUAAACCAGGGGAAAUAGAGGAGGUCAUGUUUUAUAAAUGCCAGCGUUUUAUUAAACUGUUUUCAUUCAAGGGGUGAAUAA